AUGUAUAUGACUAUUUGGAAUAAUCCUGUAACCAAUGAUGAAAUUAUUAGCUGCACUUUAGUCAGGCGGAAAAUGCAUAAUUACAAAGUUAGUAUCAAUAAUUGCAUCAAAGACGAAACUCUAGGCAACAAAUUAAAGGAAAUCCUAAAUGCUAGAUUACGAGAUACUGGAAUAACCAACACUAGAAAUUUAUUAAGUAAGGACAAGGAUUAUAUGGGUGUUGCAAAUAGAAACAAUAGAGGUUUUUGUAAAUAUAUUUCGAUGACAAAUAUGGUUGUUGAGAAACUUGGAAUCACUUCAAGUAUCAGUACGAAUAAAAUUUCUUGCUUUUGCUACUACUGCCAAAUAAAUCACGGACUUUCACGAUCAUGGUAUAUUACAAGAGGUAUUUACUCGGAAAUAGCUUCUCUACCUUUGGGUUGGUCACGAUAUCCCCUGAAUUCAAGUUUUGAUGAAGAAAUAUUAACUAAAGACUGGAAUUUGUCGUACCAUGGAACUACAUUUGAAGCUAUUCCCAGUAUUAUUAAAGAUCGUAGAUUACGUAUUCCAAACAAUAAAACUGUACAUAUAAGGCAAGGUCAUAUUCCUAAUCAAUUCUUCAUUUUUACUUCUCCUUCGCUCAUAUAUGCAAGUUUUGGCCUAUACUCUGCACCUUUCCAACUCCUAGGUGAUAGUAGAUGGUGGCAAGUUGCUAUAGAAUUGUUACAAGAACCUAGGACAUAUGUCAAAGAGUGGGAAACUAGUGGCAUCGGAUCUUAUGUAUUUGAUAGGCAUGUUGGAAAUGAUGAACUUGAAUGGAAGUCAAGUAGUGAAAGUAGCAAUUUGGUAAGAGCCCUACUAGUUCGGGAAAUACCAAAUGAAGAGCCCGCAAUUUGUCGCUACCCUUCUGGUACAUAUUUUCUUCAUGAACGAGAUUGGUGGUACCAACCUUAUAAUGGUAGUCCGCCUUUUUGGCCAAAUGAAAUUAGAUCCGUGUGUUCAUGCUCAGUUCAACGAGGAAAGCGUGAUAAUGGAAGUCUCUGCCCAAUAAUGGAUAAGGAUAAUUAUAAAACUAAACCUAAUCUAUGUACUAUAGUAUGUGGAAGUGACGAUAUUACUAUAAGGAACUGCAAAGGUUUAUAAAAGUAAACAACUCUAAUUUCAAUAUGGAGAACCAGAAUUACUAAAUUACAUACUUCAUCUAUAUAAGUAAAAUCUCGAAAUUUGUAUGAUUACAUUUGGAACACUUUCUAAGUGGUCUGCAAUAGUAUAUUAGUAGAGUAUCACAGAUUAUAGACUUCAAUAAUAAUGAACUGUUGCAGUAUAACUAGUAUUAAGUGAAAUAGGUUAUAAUUCCAUUGAAAUGA